GUUGUAUCCGGCAGCAUGAUAGAUGUAACUGUGAAUAUUGAUAGAAAACUAAAACACCAGUUGCAAAAAAAGCGGCAGAUAGUCUAUUAUUGCAUGAUGGAGAUAGGUGAAGAUCCUAUCAUGAAGGUGAAGAUACUAUGAUUUGCGUUUGCAAUCCUAACAGCUUAUGAAAACUGUAUAUGUAAUUCUCCCGCAAGCGAUUCGGGUAUAUAUAAAAGUAAGGUACGUUCAGUAGGAAGAUGAGUAAUUAACUUUUUUUUUCAAAAUGUCAUCCCAAGAACAAACACCUUGUGAACUCUCAAUUGUUAUCGUUAAUCCUGGUGGUGCAGGUCGUGGCAGUGGCUCUGGAAGUCGUGGCGGUCGUGGUCAUGGCAGUCGUAGCGGUCGUAGUAGUCGUGGCGGUCGUGGUGGUCAUAGUAAUAGUAGCGACAAUCGAAGCAGCACUCCUGUUGUUCAAGCCAAUAACCACUCCCCUGAACAUUGGAUUGAGGCUGAAGAAAGGGCUUUGCUAACAAUUCCCUUAUUCCGGCACAAAAAUAAGAUCUCUAAGCAUUAUGAUGAGCUUACGCAUCCAAGAGACAACAAUCAUUGCAGCCGUACAUGGGAUGCAAUCAUUGAAGAUUUCAAGAAAGAGUGUACACCUCUAGCAUCACCAAUUGUUACUGAUGGCACUCAAGAAAGCGAACAGUCUUUGGAUGAGCAGCAGCCAGCACCUUCGUCUCUUGUCGUCGAGCCGAGCAGUAUUUCGAGCGACGAUCAAGCAACGUCAUUAGCAGCAGCAGCAACAGCAGCAACAGAUCCAUCGGCUUCCGACCUCACGAAUGAUAACAGUACUGUCGAAACUUUCGGUAAUGUACGAACUAAGCGCGCCAUCAAAACCAAGUGGGAAAGAAUGUGCAGUCGUUACCAUUCGUGCUUUACCGAACGCCAUCGCACGCUGCAGCCAUCCGCAAGACGUAGACGAUUGACUCCUGCAGAAUUGCGGCAUGAAGAUGUGCUUGAGCGGAUCGAUGCCGCCAACCAGCAGAGCGAGGAAGCGAGGUCACAGCUGAUCGAGCUACUCGAUCAGCAACAUAAGGAAAUCCUUGAAGCUCAAGAAAGGCGCCACUAGCAACAGCAACACACACAACAGAGCUUUUUAGAUUUAAUGAAGCAACUUAUUGACAAGAUGUAGAAUCUUUUUUGUUUGAUUUUUUAUUUUAAAUUCAAUAAAGUUUUUUUUCCUUCGG